AUGGGAUACUUCAACAAAAGGUCCAGUAGCAAUGUCUACAUAGCCUCAGCUUCAUCCCCUGGAGAGCUGCCAUACUCUUCCUCAAGACACUCAGGAUUUGCUUCUCUCCCUGACUUGGAAAAGAAAGAUCAGAAAUACAAACGCACGAUCCGAGUUCUUCGAUUCAUUUCUCGUCUCGUCUCUCUCAUCCUAAAUGCUAUCAUGAUCGGCAUCCUGUCCUUCGCCCUCGCCAAAUACUAUCUCACUCGCAACCAUGUCACCGCCGACAACCAAAAAGCCUGGGUCACUCCAGCCACGCUCUGGCCGACGUUCAUGCUCCUCGGUAUCGCAGCGGUUACAUUUUGCAUGAAUCUUAUCACUCUAUGCUCGUAUGUAUGCGGAGUUGGAGCGGCGAAUAAAUCACAGACCAUUACGACAACAUUGGGGAUAAUUCUGCUUGCGGUUCACUUCGUGUCCUGGGCUGUUGCGGCGGGGCUAUUUAGAAUGGCUGAGACUGGGACAGAUCUUUGGGGCUAUACUUGUAGCUCGAAGGCUGAUGAGAUACAAGUUCAAGUGUAG